UUUAGAAUUUAGAAUUUUAGGUUUAGAGUUUAGGGUUUAGGGUUUAUGGUUUUGGGUUUUGGGUUUAGAAUUUAGAAUUUUAGGUUUAGAGUUCAGGAUUUAGGGUUUAUGGUUUAGAGUUUUGGGUUUUAGGUUUAGAAAUUAGGGUUUAGAUUUUAAGAUUUAGAGUUUAGGAUUUGAGGUUUAGGGUUUAGAUAUUAGAUUUUUAGAAUUUCGGGUUUUGUAGACGGCGUUAACGUCGGUGUUUUGUUUUCACCAAUUUUUUUAAAAUUUUAUUACCUUUUUAACUAAUCCUACAUGGUAAUUUGAUUGGUUAUAAAAGGUGAGGUGAAUUUAACCAUUCACCAUAGGGGUGAACCCAAGUAUUGUUCUUUUAAAAAUUAGAAAAUGAGGACAAAGCACUGUUUUCAUAGAUUCUUCAAAUAAUUCGACUUGAAUGAUGUUUAUGUAAUAUUCUACUAUCUGUAAACUUUUCUUCUUGUGAAUUUAAUUAAAAGGUUGAGAGUAUCAAACUUGUAAACUUUUCUUCUACUAUCUGUAAACAUUUAUAAAAAGGUUGACAUUGUCUAAACAAUGAUACUUGAUACCGCACAAGUCACAACUGAUUUUGAGUUAUUCGUGUUGGCAAAGAGCGCAUUAAUUAGGUACACAUGUAAACCUUUAAAAAGUAUGUUUAUAUAUCAGAAUAUAUUCGUAUACUAAACUAGCUCUAAGUAGAAUCUAUUUGUUCUACAACAUAUUUCCAUAGAUGAAUUAGUUCACCACAGGUCCACAGUUACAAAAAAAAAAGCUCACCAGAAACUUUAUAUUUUUCUAACAUGAAAAACUUUUUGAAAUACAUAGGUUUCAAUACGUAUAUGUGUUACAUAGGUUCGUAUUUAAUAUUCACAAAAUAAUCGGAUAUAUUUAGUAUGAGUAGAUCUGUAUUAAAUAUCUUAUAAUUUUUAAUUGGCUUUGUGUAUUAUCGAUAUAAAUAUUUAUAUAUCUAUAUAGUAUAGAGUAACAGUGUUUUGCGUAUAAAAAGUUAAAAUUAAACACUCUUAAAAAUAAAUUAUACAUUAUAAUUUCAAACUGUGAAGAUGCUGAGGGUCCACAAUUAUUUGUAACGAAUUCAUUAUUGGAUAAAGCAUAUAUAUGUUUAGUAUAACUUAGACCAUCUCCAACCCACCCUUAUUUCUAUCUCUAUAUUUUCCCCUAAAAUAGAGAAACUCUAUUAUAGAGGUGAAAAUGCUCCAAUGUAUGCCUCUAUAAUAGAGUUUCUCUAUUUAUAGGGGAAAAUAUAGAGAUAUGUUAUUUUCACCUCUAAAUAUAGAGGCAAAAAGUAACUUUCCUCUAUAUUUUCCUUUAAAAUAGAGGAACUCUAUUAUAGAGGCAUACAUUGGAGCAUUUUCACCUCUAUAAUAGAGAUUUCUAUUUUAGAGGAAAUUAUAGAGGUGUACAUUGGAGAUGCUCUUAGUACGUACGUAGUUAGGUAUAGAAAAUAGGAUGAUUCUAAAUUGCUAGUAUUUCUUUUUGAUUAGUUUCGAAAAUAAUCAUAUGGCUUAACACCUUCACUUAUUCAUCAAAUGAUAAAAUUAUAAUAGUUUUUAGUAGUCAAGAGAUUAGAGAUGAAAGGUGUGUUAUAUAUUGGAUAGGUCGAUUAAUUGAGUGGAAUAAAAGAUAUACAAAUAAACACUAGUAAGGACAUUUCAGUCAAUAAAACAUCCUUAUAUAUAUAACGUGGUCUUUCUCGCAAAGACAACAACACAUAGAACAACAAAGAACAAAUUUAAAAACUUUUUGAAACACUUACCUCUCUUUUUUCGUUCUGUUAAGAAAACUUAAGCGAUUUGUUAGCAAAAGAGAUAUGGGAAACAGUUUACGGUGUUGUUUAGCUUGUGUACUUCCAUGUGGAGCUUUAGAUUUGAUCCGAAUCGUACAUCUCAACGGCCAUGUUGACGAGAUUACUCGUCCGAUGACCGCAGGCGAGAUCCUUCAGGCGAAUCCUAACCAUGUCUUAAGCAAACCAUGUUCGCAAGGAGUUGUUCGUAAGAUCUUGAUCUUAUCUCCUGAAUCUGAGCUUAAGCGUGGAAGCAUCUAUUUUCUUAUACCGGAUACUUCCUUGCCGGAGAAGAAGAAGACAAAGAAGAAAAAGGAAGUCCAACGUCGGAAAAAGAGUCCUGAAAACGCCAAUGACAUCAAGAUUCAUCAUAUGGUGAGUACUAGUAAGGAUCUUGAUUUGACGUUGUGUGAGAAAUAUUUGGAAGAUGUUAUGUUGUCGUCGUCGAAGAAAUGUUUUCCGGCCGGUAAAGAAAAUCGUCACCGCCGGAGACAUAGUCGGCCGGCGUCGGUGUCCCUGUGGCGGCCUCAGCUUGCUAGCAUCUCUGAGGAUUUUUAAUGUCUUUUUUUUUUAUUCUUGGUUAAUACUGUCUAUUUUUCUUAAAAUUUUUUAAUCCGGAAAUCGGAUUUUAUUAACAACCCCGAUGAGAAUAUUUUCAUUUUUUAAGAAAAUAGUUUUGGUAAGAAGUCGAAAAGAAAAACUUUGUAAUGUACUAAUGUGGAUGAGAUCUAUGUUAAAUUGAUGAUCUAACUUCAGUCGUUCGUGGCAGAGGACAAAAUCAUAUAAUCCUUAUACAAAACACUAGGGCAGGAAUCGGAUUGUAGUAUACAAUUAAGAUUUUUUUUUUUUUUUGAAACAGUAUACAAUUGAGAAUAAAAUUCGAAAAUAUAUAGAAAACAGAGGCUUUUUUAACGUGAACCAAGUAGUAAUAACACGGAAUGGUAAAAUCGCGUGUGGGUUAAAAAAAUUAAUAAUUUAGUAUUUACUGAAGAAUUAUUUGGGUUGAGACAAACUGAUUAAUGGUUAAUUAAUGUCAACUAAUAAUGAAAGAUGUGGGAAUUUAAAGAAAACUGAAACUGAAUCAUAGUACGAGACAAAUUAUUUCAAUUAUAAACUUCACGACUUUUUAAACUGCAUGUUCAGCUGUUAUGCAACGUAUUUAGACCAGUUGGUUUUGUUUUAGAGUUUCGGUGGUUAAGUUUACAUGUUAUUUUGAUUAAUAAUGUGAACUUAAGACGACUAAUAAGAGUUUAAAAAAAGAGUGGACCAAUCAUGCAGGUUGUCACAUGUAGAUGUAGCCACGUAGGUGGACCAAUCGAAAAACCCUUUUAAAGCUGAAAAUUUAAAACAUAUGGUUCAAAUAAUACAAAAUGUUCAAUCAUAUAAAGGGCAAGAAAUAUUAAGACAUUUACUGUACAUCGACAAACUAAUAAAGGCCUCAAUGAUAUAUAAAUGAGAAAUAAUAAUAAUUGUAACUUGCUUCUGGAUUUGUGCACCCUUUCUGUUAGUGUUUUCUUGGAAUAUUUUUGGCAGAUUUAACUAUGGAGAGGGUGGUUAUUCAUGGGCAAAACCCAAGGAAAUGUUGACUUCAUCUUUAAAUUUAAUAGAAAUAAUAUAUACGUUGUAUAGUUCCUAAUUUUUUUUUUACAACAUUAUUAUAAUUUACCUUAAAAUAUAUAAAGCUUCUUAAAUCUCAAGAUCUGCCUGCUUAGAAAAUGUAUAUGUUUUUGAUGGUGCAACUCCACCAAGGGCAAUAUGAUACUGAUAAAAGCAUUGACAAUAGUUAGGCCUAAAACAAUUCAUGGCAAGCUAUUUUCUAAAGAAAUUAUAUAUGCAUCAAUGCAUGUCAUUUACCAAAAAUAGUUAUUUCUUUUUUGGGUAAAAAAGUUACUUAUUUUCUCUCUCUCUUAUUAACAUCAAACUAAAAAGUAAAGGAAAAAAAUCAUCUAGAAGUACUACAUGACAUGUCUUGAAUCGUUAUCCUCAGGCUCAACUUAAGAUUCCAAAUACAUCACCUCUUAUAUAAGAAAAAAAAAAGAAAAGAAAUAUAUCUCUAUAG